AAAUUCUUAUCAUCAAAUGGACCAGAAUAGAAUUAAAAAAUUACUUUCCUCUGAGUACAACGAUUUCUAUGAGAAAAUUAUCAUCGAGUCGCCGUUCGCUGAGACUACAAGAGACGGCCGGGGAGUGAGGGAAGUUACCAUGGCAUUGAGUUCUUCCAAGCUGAUCAUUGCCACUGAUGUUUUUAGGAAGGAUCAGGGAUUCACGUGCUUGCCAGGAGUUGAUCCCAGUAUUGAGUGCUUCGAGCUCGUUUCUGUUUAUCCUUUGGAGUUUGUUAAUUUGAGUGUUUUUAGGAGACGAAGAAGGAAAACUCUCAAGGUUAGAUUAAUCAACGGUCGAGUAACAUAUUACGAGCUCGGGGGUAUCUACCACCGUAAGUCUCUCUGGUCCCUUUGGUGCACUCAGAUCGAGGUCCUCCAACUGCAAAAAGAAAAUGGAAGUUCCCUCUCUGAAACCACAGCAGCGAGUUCAUCAAGUUCCACCACCCUAUACAUUCUAUCUUCCGACGGGGAUUCCCGCUCUUUCCCAAAAAACUCGGGGAAUCUCCGAGGUUGUCGCCUGUGGACGUACUACGGUGGUGGUGACGGUCAGUCCCCCGCCUGGCCCCGCAAAGAUAUAUAUCUCGGCCCGACCUACAAUGAACUCGGUCACGGUCUCUAUGCUCCAGUCCCCGUGCGUUUCGCAGGUGCCAGUUUCGACGACCUUCAAGUUCAAUAUGAAUUGCGUCCAGUGUCCCUCACUCCUCUUCAGAAGUCUAAUCAUAGCUGGCCGCCACCGAAAUCCUCCAACUCAAAACAACGCCAGAAAGACAAAAACGUCGGUCUUUGUGAUGUUCUCUACGUGCACAGACACCCAUCCCCCCAUCGCCAUCUCGGCGACUAUGGAAAUUGUAAGAGAAACGAUUUCAAGACCUCCAAAAAACAAAAAAAACAUCAAGAAUCCAAUGACGCUCUCGUUCCGAAAUUAUCGAGAUUUGGAUUUGGAAUCCACGAGAAUUGCUCAUCUGGUCUUUAUCUGGCCCCUCACGAAGGAGAUCCUGACCACCUUGUUAAAAUAAAGCCGGCUUACAAGCUGAUGGACCCCUACCAAUUAAUCGAGAGUGGAGUGGAGAUCUGGGAGAGGGCGAAAUCUAUUCAAUCAAGUAGCGGCUCACGACAUUCAUUCAAAUCCUUCAGAAGAUAUGGGUUAGCCACCUGCCCUCAUUUCUUAUUCGGGUUGGGUCCCUGGUCUGUGAACCCCGGCGACAAAAUUUCGGUCCAAAAGAGAAGAUCUUCGAGCCUCGUGAGGAUCAGGAAACAGCCGAUUGAUGACGAGAUGAGACUUGCUGUCCCUAAAAAGCAGUUGUGCACUAGUGUUUCGAUGACUUCUCUGGAACCUGAGAUGUCUUCAACUGCCACUAGCACAAGAGGAAGAAUUGUGAUAUUCUGGACACCCGAUUACUGGUACAGACCCCGAGCUGCAACCACUGUUUACAGGGAGUUGAGGGACCACUUGGCUUGUCUCCACAAUUUUCAUUCGGAAAAGGACAAAAGUUGUAAAUGGUCUUUCUUCUUAAGAAGGAAACCCUUUUCGGAUGGGAACAAGAUGGAGGGAAGGAAGAUGUGUAGUAAGAGCAGUUGCAUUCUGAACAAGAUAUUCUCAAGUCGAGACUUGAGGAACAAAAGGAAAGACCUCAACAAGUCUGAAGAGGAGAGGACAGUGAGUCAACUGAGACGAUUAUUGAAACCAAAUUUCAAAACGACGAUUUGGGAUCUAGAUAGCACGACAUUGGCGAAACAAUUGACACUGAUAGAUCGAGAUUUAUUCCUGAGGAUUCCAUCGUCUGAAAUUGAGAUAAUAAUCUUCCAAAAGUCCUCCAGAAAUGCGCCAAACAUGGGAGCCUGGGUUGCCUUCAGCCAUCGUAUUUCUUCGUUAACUUCUAGUGAGAUUCUAAUGACUAAGAAAUUGGAAAUGAGGACGAGGAUGUUAGCGAGACUCAUCAACUCUGCUAACAAAUGUUUCUCGAUGGGGAACUUUAAUUCAUCCAGAUCUAUUAUCGCGGGUCUCCAGAGUCCACCGGUUUACAGGUUAAGAUCUACCUGGAGUUAUUUGAAGACUCAUCAUGCUACGAGAUACGAGACCUUUACGAGAUUAUGCAGGGUUUUUCAGAAUUGUAGAACGGAUAUUUAUUUUGAUUCGUGGGAGAAGGCUCAGAGUCGCCCGCCAGUGCUUCCCUAUAUCGGUCAUGUGUUAAUUAGAAUUCUAGGACUGGAUAUUGAUGAAGAGGUGAUUGCGGAGGAGAUGCCGAGACGUUGGACACAGAAGAAUUAUGACUGCGGGUGUACGUACCUUUAUCAAGCCUCUGAAGAGGGAAACUCCAUGAAGAAUCAUUCACAGGCGACACGUCAUACCAUUUCUCCAGCUGAGAAGAAAUCUGAACAGAGCUUGGUGAGGAGGAUUCUGUCGACGAGGAUGGUGAGACUCAUUCAGGGAAAAGCUGCUAAUCGAGGAACAAUUGAUGUCUUCUGGGCAGCGAAGCAACUGAUGACUGCCAGAAAGUUUUUCGAUCAUUGGCAGACUCGAGUUCUGACCACGAGGAUCAUCAAGGAACACGAAUUGAAGAGCAGGAAUGUGGAUUGGAGAAGGAAGAGGGCGCAAGAGGUGGGGGUAUGGUUGAGUGACUGUCAGAGGCUUGCAAGAGAAUAUGAAUUUCCUGGAAACUCAUUGGCAUGGGAAUUCUUGUUGAAGGCUAGGUAUAAGGAGAACAGGGAGAACUUUUGGAUUAGUUUGAAACUAGAGCCGCCUUUGGGGUGAGGAUUCUAUCGGCAUUGAUGACUCAAAAUGAAAAUAUUGUCAUGAAGACAGUUUGGCGAUGAGGUAAUUAGAGCCGAAUGAUUCAUGUGUACUGGAAUUUAUUCAUUGCAAUACUGUGUUCGAUCAUCUGAAUCA